UUAUGGAAGCCAUGGCUCCUUGGUCUGAUCUUCCGAAAGAACUUGUUGAAAGAAUUAGUAAAUUCGUCAACAGCAAUAUUGAUGUCCUUCGCAUUCGUGCAGUCUGCAGUUCAUGGCGUUCAGCAUUUUCUCCUAAUUUCAAAAUCCCCAAAUCUCAGUUUCCCAUCAAAUUACCCAUCAAUCCUCAUUGUUAUUUAAUUGAAUGCACAGUUUAUCUUUUCCAACUUCCUCAUCCUCCUCACACAGGCUGGUUGGUCAAGAUUCUAAAAACAUCAAACGGAAAAUUGAAGAUUUUCAAUCCUCUAACCAACAGAGUAAUCGAUGAUUUGCCUGAUAAGAAAUUGAAUUUACUAGAUAUACGUGUUUCUCAAGUUUGUAAAUUCUAUCAUGUGCAUUGUGUCUUAAAUUGUCACCCUUAUGCCGGAUGGGGUAUAUUUAAAAAAAUCUUGCCUAUUUGUAAUGAUCAAACCACUCAUUUUUCUGUAAUGGCAAUUAAUGUUUUGGAUCACUUAUUGUGUUUUAAGUCAGGGGAUGAGAAAUGGACUACCUUGAAAGAUCUCACUCUUAGUAAGAUUGUCGAUAUUAGUGUGUAUAAAGGGAAUUUUUAUGUUGUUGAUACUUUUGGAGAGACCAUAAUGUAUGACCCCUUCUCGUUUAACGAGACCAAUGUAUCUUCCACCGUAAAGAUAUUAUCUUCAAGCUUAUUUAACGAAUGGGGUAGUAAGAAACGACUGGUGGAAUCAGAUGGGAAGUUGUUUCUGGUUGAUAUGUUUUUGGAUACUGAUGUUAAGACGGAGUUGCAGGGUUCUGGACCUUCAAGGAACAAUCCCAUGGAAAUUAAGAUUUACUGGCUUGAUGAAGAACAACAUGAGUGGAUUGCAGUGCAUACCUUGGGUGAUCGAAUUUUCUUUGCUGGUGACGACUGUUGUUUCUCUGUUUCUUCAUCAGAUUUUGGUGAUCAGUGCAGAGGAAACUGUAUUUACUAUAAGAAUGGAGAUAUAAUUGUGGACAUCUCGGGAAAUGACCUUAGCGAGGAAGUGAAACUUAGAUAUAAAGGAUUACAUGAUCAACUCACAGGUAUCAUUACCUUACAAGAUGGUAAACUUGGUUCAUUGUCAUCCUUCCGCGAAUAUGCAGAUAUUUUCUGGCCAACUCCAUUUUGGCUUUUAACUGACGAUCAGGCAUCUUCUAAAAUGUUUUCUCCUCGAAUGUUGCCUUUUCUAUUUGAUACUAGACAUGUAAGGUCGUGUUAG